AUGGCGCGGCUCGGGCUGGACGAGGGCGACCUGGUGCUCAUGACCAGCACGUCGCUCCCCAAGGCCACGUCCAUCAAGCUGCGGCCGCACACCACCGACUUCCUGGGCGCCAAGGACCAGAAGGAGCUGCUCGAGCACAACCUGAAGAACUACUCCACGGUCACGGUCGGCGACACCAUCACCGUCGCCGAGGGGGAGAAGAGGUACCUCCUCGACGUCGUCGAGGCCAAGCCCGCCGACGCCGUCUCCACCCUCGACACCGACUGCGAGGUCGACUUCGCGACGCCGCUCGACUACGUGCAGCCGCCGGUUGCUCCCGCGCCCGUGAAGGUCGCCGCCGCCCCAUGCCAAGACUGCGGCGAGCGGCGGUUCGUUGGCGUCGGGAUAAGGAUGGACGGCAAGCCCGUGGAGCAGACCCCGCCCCCUGCGCCGGCGCCGGCGGUGGGAUCUUCGGGCAAGGGGAAGAGUGCUAGUGAGAAUGUGCUUCGGUUCUUCGGCGGCCGCUCGGUGGCGGUGCCACCCCGCGGCGCCAAGUCGGCGAAGAAGCGUGUAUUGAAAAAAUCUGAAGGACCAGCCAGUCAAGCGCACGACACGUUGGCUCCAGCCCAGGCCAUCGGCCUCUUUUUAUUUUUCCCCUACGAGAACGCCCCUGCCCAGCUUUCCUCCGUGACUCCCCAGAUCCGUUGGUCGAUCCCCUUCCCCUGGCCGCUCCCUCCCUCUCUGCCACGCCUCACUCCCAAGCCGGCACCCACACUUCCUGCCGCCGGACUACCCUACUCCUUUCGGUCUCCUCGCUGCGCGCUGCACUCGCCACCACCGGAGUGUCUCCCGCACUUCCCCGUCUCCUCCUUCUCCCGGUGCGCGCUGCGCGGGUGCGCCACCGGCCAACCAACUUUUCGUGCUCGCGGCGGCUGGAGGGGCCGACUGGAGGUGAUGGGCGAGGAAGGCGACGGCUCCGGGCGAGGCCAUAUUGACCACCCCAGUGCCUUCCCACACGUCGCCGCUGGCCGCACCGAACGAUACAAGCCGCCGCUCCAGCCCCGCAUCUCACGUCGUUUCCCCCGGCCACCGACCAUGGAGCCACAUGUCGGAGCCCACCAUGCGCGCCACCGCCCCUGUACGCCUCCUCCGCCACCAGGCUGA